CUGAACAAGGAGACUGUCGCGUACGACCAAGUGCCAGAGAUGUAUACGUGAGCCCAGUCGACGCGAUGUGGACCACCACUUCAGAACAGUCACGUUAAUCGAAAGAGGACGCCGCGCCUGUGCAUUGCGUACCUUUCACGAUUAGGGCGUUGGCCGAGCACCCCAAAGGCAAGGGGCCAGUCUUUCUCCGCGUUCUCAACGAUGCUUGUGUGCCUGGUACCGGUCGUGCUGGCGACCUUAGCUGCCGGGGCAGGCCUCACUGACGCAUACUACGCGCCUACCAAGAAGUUCGAGGUACACGAGUCCGCCUUCCACCAGUACAUGCAUCUUGCAGUAGAACUGGCGCGCUUCAAGUCACAGGGCCGGCGACCGGCCUUGUACCUGUUGGGCCUGAGGAGAGUUAUUUGGCCGAAAGGAAAAAAUAACAUAGUCAUUCUCACCAUUGACGUCACCGACUCGACCUGCAAAAGGUGGCCAAGGAAUCCACGGAACUUCCAGUGUAAGCCAAAGGUACCCUCGCCCGUAUAUUCCUGCAAAGGCAGAAUACUGGUCAGAAAAGGAGUGGAGUUCGUGAAACUUUUGUGGACAAAGUGCUGGUUAAGCACCUGUAGGAAGCGUGACUACGCCGGCUACGCCUUUUGAUGCCCCGGUAAACAUCUGCAAAAUACAAUAGGCGAAAGUAAAGAGAAAAUAUUGUGUU